ACCCACCAGAGAGAUGUCCCCGUCCUCUGUAUUCCCGGGAUUCCACACAGGUUAAUAUUAAAGAAGAGAUACAAGAGGGGGAGGAUGAGGCUGGUAUAAAGGAGGAGUCAGAGUUUCCAAAAGGACACAAAGAUCUGUACCCGGACACCAUGGUAGACUCGUCCAGCUACAGAAACCCACCAGAGAGAUGUCCCCGUCCUCUGUAUUCCCGGGAUUCCACACAGGAAGGUCACACCAUCCCUCACCAUCAUCAGGGUGAAGAUCUGAUGAACAUGAAAGUUGAGGGUGAAGUAGAAGAGACGUAUGUGAGGGAUGAUCAGCAAUAUACGGAGGAGGCUGGAAUGACGAGGACAUUCAAAGAGGAGGACACUCCUACAGAGAUCAGCACAGGACAUGCCAUAGGGAAACCCUCAAAGGAUCAUCUCACUUUAUCUUCAGGUUGUAAAAUGGAAGAUGAGGACAUCACAAGAGAUUGUGCAGGAGAAAAGACAAUGAGCUCCGAUAUAGAUGGAGGACCUCACAGUGUAGAUAGACCACUGAAUGCAUCUGACUCUGAGAAGCUUCAUUCCUGUUCUGAGUGCGGGAAAUGUUUCCUUCAUAAAACAGAACUUGUCAUACAUUGCAGAUCUCAUACGGGCAAAAGACCAAUUUCCUGCCCUGAUUGUGGGAAAUGUUUUUCACGGCAAUCAGACGUUGUUAGACAUCAGAGAUCUCACACAGGGGAGAAGCCGUAUUCCUGCCCUGAGUGCGGAAAAUCUUUUUCACAGAAAUCGGGCCUUGUUAUACAUCAAAAAUUGCAUACAUGGGAGAACCAAAAUUCCUGCCCUGAAUGUGGGAAAUGUUUUACAAAAAAAUUAGACCUUGUUAUACAUCAGAGAUCUCACACUGGGGGGAAUCUGUAUUCAUGCCCUGUGUGCGGGAAAUGUUUUUUGCAUAAAUCACGCCUUGUUAAACAUCAAAGAAUUCACACAGGUGAGAAGCCGCAUUCCUGUCCCGAGUGCGGAAAAUGUUUUUCAGAAAAAUCAGGCCUUGUUAUACAUCAGAGAUAUCACAGGGGGGAGAAGCCUUAUUCCUGCUCUGAGUGUGGGAAAUGCUUUUCACGGUUUUUCUGUCUUUGCGCACAUCAGAAGACUCACACAGGUGAGAAGCCGUUUUCCUGCCCUGAGUGCGGGAAAUGUUUUUUACUCAAAUCAGGCCUUCUUAUGCAUGAGAGAUCUCACACAGGUGAGAAGCCGUAUUCUUGCCCUGAAUGUGGGAAAUGUUUUUCAAAGAAAUCAGCCCUUGUUGUACAUCAGAGGUCUCACACAGGGGAGAAACCACAUUCCUGUCCCGAGUGUGGGAAAUUUUUUUCACGCAAAACAAGCCUUGAUAGACAUCAGAGAAUGCACACGGGGGAGAAGCCACAUUCCUGCCCUGAAUGUGGAAAAUGUUUUACAUGGAAAUCACAAUUUGAUAGCCAUAAGAGAUCUCACACAGGAGAGAAGCCGUAUUCUUGCCCUGAGUGCAAAAAAUGUUUUUCGGAUAAAUCACACCUUAUUAGACAUCAAAGAUUGCACACCGGGGAGAAGCCAUAUUCUUGCACUGAGUGCGGGAAAUGUUAUUCACGGAAAUCAGACCUUGUUAUGCAUCAGAAAUCUCACAUAGGGGAAGGUCACACCGUCCCUCACCAUCAUCAGAUGACAAGGACAUUGAAAGAGGAGGACACUCCUACAGAGAUCAGCACAGGACACGCCAUCAAACCCUCAAAGGAUCAUCUCACUUUAUCUCCUGGUUCUGAAAUGGAAGAUGGGGACAUCACAAGAGAUUGUGCAGGAGAAAAGACAAUGAACUCAGCUAUGGAUGGAGGACUUCACAGUGUGGAUAGACCAUCAAAUCCCUCUGACUCUGAGCAACCUCCUACUGUGAGGGAUGGUGCUGGAAAUAAAUGGGAGGAAUGGGAGGUAUUUUCCUGUCCUGAAAAUGGGGAAAGUUUUGCCUCUAAAGGAAUUAUUGUACAUCAGAUAUCUCACACAGGCAAAAAGAAAAAUUCAUGCUCUGAGUGCGGGAAAUGUUUUACACAGAAAUCAAAUCUUAUUAGACAUCUAAGAUCUCACACAGGGGAGAAGCCUUUUUCCUGCCUUGAUUGUGCAAAAUGUUUUUCACAGAAAUCAGAUCUUGUUCGACAUCAGAGAUCUCACACGGGGGAGAAGCCGUUUCCCUGUCCUGAAUGUGGGAAAUACUUUAGAAAGAAAUCAGACCUUGUUGUACAUCAGAAAGCCCACAAAGGGGAGAAGCCUUAUUCCUGCCCUGUUUGUGGGAAACGUUUUUUACACAAAUCAGUCCUUGUUAAGCAUCAAAGAACUCACACAGGGGAGAAGCCGUAUUCCUGCCCAGAGUGUGGAAAAGUUUUCUCAGAAAAAUCAUGCCUUGUGAUACAUCAGAGAUCUCACACAGGCGAGAAGCCGUAUUCCUGCCCUGAGUGUGGGAAAUGUUUUUCACGGUUGUUCUGUCUCUCCGCUCAUCAGAAGAUUCACACAGGCCAGAAGCCGUAUUCCUGCCCUGAGUGCGGGAAAUGUUUUUUACAUAAAUCAGACCUUGUUGUACAUCAGAGAUCUCACACGAGGGAGAAGCCAUAUUCCUGCCCUGAAUGUGGAAAGUGUUAUACAAAGAAAUCAGACCUUGCUAUACAUCAGAGAUCUCACAGGGGUGAGAAGCCGUAUUCCUGUCCUGAGUGCGGGAAAUGUUUUACACAGAAAACAAGCCAUGAUAGACAUCAGAGAAUGCACACGGGGGAGAAGCCACAUUCCUGCCCUGAAUGUGGGAAAUGUUUUACAUGGAAAUCACAAUUUGUUAGACAUCAGCAAUCUCAUACUGGGGAGAAGCCGUUUUCUUGCUCUGAGUGUGGGAAAUGUUUUUCAGAUAAAUCAGACCUUGUUAUACAUCUCACAGAGGGGUGUAGGGAUGAGUCGAACAUUCCUGGGUUCACUUCCCAGGCUUGCUGAACUGCUUCCCAGUUCUGAAUGGUAAUCUAAACCCCAAUGAAGUCAAUGGGAGCAGAAUUUUUUAAAUCAAUUUGUUUUUAGGGCUAAUAGGCAAGAGAUUGUCAAAGGGCACGGGGAGCUGGGUACUGAACUUCCUGACCCAAAUAAGUUCAUGUCCAUAUGUAGUCAAUGAUGUCACCCUGACAUCAAAAGAAAAUGUGAGUUACCUUUGGGACCAGACACGUUGGUGGACUUUUUUUUUGGUGAAUUAACGUUGUUGAGAUUUUUCUUUUUUAAUUAAAGGACUUAACAAAG